CGACCCACCGUACAUAAAGUGGGCGUCACCAUCUCCGGCACUCCAUCCGAUCCGAUACGAUCGAUCUGUUCUCUCUCUCUCUCUCUCUCUCGGGUCUCGACUCUCGACCCUUUCGCUUUUUUUCCGAUAUCUCAGGACCCGAUAAACCCUCGCCUAUAAUCGAAGCAGCAGUCUGCAGAGUAAAGUAAUGGGCUCCGACCAAAAACCCGCCAUCUCCAUCUUCAUCGGGUGUGCCUUCCUGGUCUUCAGCCUUGGCAUUCCACUCGUCUCCUCCCUACCUUUCGUCGUCUUUCAUGGUAUUGGUGAUCAUUGUGGCAACAAGGGAAUAUCUCAGUUCGUUGAGCUAUUAAGUCAGUGGUCUGGCUCUCAAGGAUAUUGCCUUGAGAUUGGAGAUGGGGCAUGGGAUUCUUGGACUAUGCCCCUUCUUGAUCAGACAGCUGCGGCCUGCGAGACGGUGAAGAAAAUGGGCGAACUCAGCAGUGGUUACAACAUAGUUGGUCUUUCUCAGGGCAACUUAAUUGGAAGAGGGAUUGUUGAAUUAUGUGAUGGGGGACCUCCGGUAAAAAAUCUUGUGUCUCUGGGUGGUCCUCAUGCUGGUACUGCUUCAGUUCCAAUGUGUGGAUCUGGCAUUAUAUGCAUUAUUUUGGAUGCAUUGCUCAAGCUAGAGAUAUACAGCAACUAUGUCCAGGAACAUUUGGCUCCAAGCGGUUAUCUCAAAAUCCCAACUGAUAUUGAUGAUUAUAUGAAGGGAUGUAGAUUUCUACCCAAGAUUAACAAUGAAAUCAAAAGCCUGAGAAAUGCUAAUUACAAGGAGAGGCUUACCAGCUUGGAGAAUUUAGUGUUGAUCAUGUUUGAUCAGGACACAAUUUUGAUACCAAAAGAAACUGCUUGGUUUGGGUAUUAUCCUGAUGGUGGCUUUGGUUCAGUGCUGCCUGUAAAUGAGACUCAGCUCUAUAUCGAAGAUUGGAUUGGAGUGAAAGCCUUGGAUGAAGCUGGAAAAGUGACGUAUGUGACCAUGUCUGGUAAUCAUCUUGAAAUAUCUGAAAGUGAUAUGAGAAACUACAUCGUGCCAUACUUAGAGGAUAGCACAUCAAUGAAGAUCACGACACCCGAAUCCCCUUCCAUCCGCCCAUGGUAUUCAUCAACCCUAGACUUUCUACUCGAACUGACUGGACUAACACAAGGUCAAGGUCAACCUGUUUUGAAGAUUGUCUCUUGAAACACUCAAGUAAUAUCUCAGGGUGAACUAGGGACUCCCAUUGUAUAUUAUUCGAGAAGGGCUCAUCCAAGGGUUACUUUUCUGUAUCAAAGAAAGUGAAAUAUAGACCUCUGCUUCUGGAAUAGUCUGUAUGGAAGCACUUCUGAAUUCUUAAUGGAGGUUAUAUUUUUAAAAGAAUAUGUUUAGUUAAAAUCUUGUGUGGAAAAAUCUUGUCAGAUUAAACUUGGGUGAAGAAACAAGUUGUUCUUGUGAUGUGUUUUUGGUUUUUCUUUUUAAGGUUGUCAAACCGGUUUAUACCAUUUCGUCGGUUUAACUAGUGGAAUGGUACGAUCAGUGGUUUCUAACAGGUUCAUGCUAACUUAAUUAAAUACGGCAUUUCAA